CCGUAAGUCAAUAAAUGAACUCAGAAGUUAACUCUGUUUAUGCUCGUUACGGAGAGCGCAAAACCGAAAACCGCGAGAAUAAUUUUUUAAAAUGGAAUUAAUCACCUCUUUGUUAGGUAAAAUCGUUCCCAGUAACUCGGGUGGGGAGAGUCCGCUAGAUAGCAGUGCACGCGCAGGGUUCGGCUCUGCGUCUGCACUCACCUCGCACAGCGGUUUUCUAUAACGAACGUUUCGAACCUCAGCGGGGGAAGAGAGGGUAAAAGUAACCUUAAUACUUAUGAGUGGAAAUAGGCCAUCUUCGUAUUCCGACAGGAACUAGCUUGCAAUUGAGGCUAAUGCGGGGAAUCGUUUCAAAUGUAAAUGACGAUCUCUUUUUGAUGACAUUCACGCGCAUGAGCCUCCAUUGAAAGCUAGUUCCAGUCCGAUGCCGAGAAUACGAAUAUUACCUGUUUGGACGGAAAGCCAACCAUUCAUACUCGACUGAGGCCCCGGUGAUUUCAUAACUAGAACACUCGAUUUAGAAACACUCUUGAGCGAAUACCUCCCGUCCUGUAAUUCAAGGUCCCGUCAGGAAGAGAUACUCCUCAUAGUGGACGUUAGAAAAACAGUUAGAGAGCCACUGCCAUGAAUGUCAACAAAAGACAUUUUUAUUGACCGAAACCUGAUAAUGGUCUAGUUGUGUUGAAAAAUUCAUUUAACUGUACUAAAACCGUAAAGGGAGCGUUACCAUAGGCUAGGUAAGCACAAGAUUGAGCCAGAAGUAUAUCAUAAGAAGUGUACGGCCCGAAGUAUACCGUAAACCUCCAAAAGUAACGACCCUCGUUACUUUCGGAAUUGGCAGCCUUUGGGGCUCGUUACCUUUGGGAGCGUUACUUUCGAGGGGUCGUUACUUUCGGGGAGCAAAAAACGUGAUACGAAGUGUGUAGGGCUGAACCCUUUUUACGAAAUAAAGACAAAAACUCGUUAAAACAGUUCUUAAAACAUGAGAUUGGGAGUAGGCUCUCUACUUUCGGGAUUUCUUAGCGGCCGCAGUCUCUUUAUGCUACUUCCGGGAGGUGCUACUUCCGGAAGUUUACGGUAUCACCCGAAGGAUACCUACCUAAGUAUGCCUUCCGAAGUAUACCACCCGAAGUAUAUCACCCGAAGUAUGGUGCCCGAAGUGUACUGCCCCUGGAUAUAUCACUCCAAGUAUAAAACCCCCAAGUAUACCGCCCGAAAUAUAUUGCCCUAGAGUAUACCGUUGGAAGCAUAAUACCCGACAACCUCGUUUCCAGGAUCUCCUAUCUUCCUGCCCUCCUGGAGCGAGAGAGGAAGAGGGCGGGAAGACGAGAGACUCUGGAAACGAGGUUGAAUAACCGAAGUAUACCGCGCGCAAUCGCCUCAAUUUAUAUGCUGCCCAAAAUUUGCUGAACGACGUAUACCAUUCGCAAUCGGGAAUUCCACUCUUACAACGGCUAAUGCUUCAUGGCAUGUCAGAAGCCAAAAGUCUCUAUCGGGAAUGUUUGGAAAACUAAAAAUUUAUAAUUGUUCGUCUUACCAAGCUUGCAGCCUAGAAUGUUCUUGACUUUUUAUCAAACAGUCGGCAGGUACCAGCUGCCUGUUGCUGUUAGUUCUUCACAAACAUGAACUCUGCUAAUAUAGUCAUAAAAUGUUUAUUUAACUGAUUGUAUGUGAAUAUUUGUUACGCACGAGUAAACAUGAACAUUUCUAGAACCUGCCCCCCGCCGAAACCUCCAUCCGUCAUUAAAAUUGAAUGAUCUUCUACAACAAAUAUGGCGGAUUGAGAUCACAUUCGAUUAGAGACACGAAUGUUCAUUUUGUUGUAGCUUUUAAAACAGAUAUUGAAAUAUCUUUCGGCGGCAGUGGAUGGAUAGACCUUUUCUGCUAAUGGGUUAACGAUUUGAGAUCGGAGUUCAACGAUGAAAGAGCUGGACUACAAAUUAAGAUUUCAAGGAACACGUUAAUAAGGCAACAUGGAGGCAAAAGAUAUUAUAAAAUGGUCGAUCCUCGGAUUUUUCACCCUUUUUCUUCUUACUGGCCUCUCGUUGAUUAUUUUUGCAAUCACAGUUCCCACACCCUUCGGAGACUAUCUAACUAUGAAGGGAGCCGCCUUCCCCGUCAACUACGGACUCAGAGUCGGUCUUUUGCUACUUCUUCUUUUCAUAGCAGCGCUUAGCUUCUUUGCCAUAGUGAAGGAAAACAACAGACUCUUAACUCUACUGGCGAUUUUAUUCAUCAUUUUAUUUCUGGUCGAGUUUAUUAUGGGAAUCGUGUAUUUCACGAUGAAAAGUGAAGUGAAGCUCUCUAAAAAGAAAUUUAGCAAUGGACAGCAAAUGAUGGCUGAGUAUGGAGUGGACGAGAAAGUCACAAAGGCCAUGGAUCAAAUUCAGCGGACAUAUGCCUGCUGUGGAAUUGUAGACUAUCGAGAUUGGUUCACUUCAAAAUGGGCGGCUAGUCAGGGAAAAAAUAACAUGGUACCAACUUCUUGCUGUAAGUACCCGAACGAGAAUUGUGGUAAAAACAUGGACACAAAGAACCCCAUGGACUUUAUCAAUAUAUUAGGCUGCACGGGUCUCAAUUUCUCUUACGAUGACAAAAUGAAAGUGGUGGGAGGGGUGGGUCUUGCUCUUGGCUUCCUCAACCUGUUUGCUUUGUUGUAUACAAUUAUAUUCUGUUUCUGCUUCAACGCCGCGCGGGGACUGAGUUCAGUGGACGCUCUCAAGGGAGAGGAACCUAAUGACGAGACGUCUUCGAGCUCACCGAAUAAGGGCCGUCGACGCCCCUCUGCGCAAAGCACGCCAGGGUCCUCGCGGCGCCAGCGCUCGAAAAGGGCUCCACGAGCGUCAAUGGAAAAACUUAACGCAGACGAUGAUGAUAAUGACGACCUACCUCCUAAUGCUUAUAAAGAUUUACUUGAUAAAUCACAAUCCCAGCGUGAAUCCCAAAACUGAAAAAAAAAGUGUGGGAAACUGACGAUUUCCUCAGCCCCCAGCCCGACUUCACACGUCCCAAAUUCAAAAUGGUGUACAUGCCAAGAUUUAGGGCGGGCCUACUACGAUGGCGCAUAUUCCAUGCCAUCGACACUGGGUAUGGGCGGAAAAUCUCGAUCAGUUUGUAAGACCUUUACGUCUAUAUCAAAGAGAAAUGCUCAUCAUCAAAAGCAGGAGCUUAAGGGGCUUGUAUUUACUGGCUUAUACUACACUAAACCUAUAAAUAAGGCAGUUGUCAUUAUAGCAAAGGGCAAUGACGUUAUGGCCUCGAAGAAAAAUGUAACAAAUAUCGUACGAGGAUUGCAUCAAGAAACGCUAGAUCAUCGUGUCUUGAUUGCAUCCAAUUGAAAAAAACAAACAUUGGACCAAGUUAGACAAGUUGAGAGUGACUUUUGGACGAGGUCCUGGAUCCUGAGUGAAGUGACAAGGUGACUCUGUCCCCAUUCUAUUCCCCACUCACUCUUACCACCUCGCGAUUUUAAGGUAUAUAAUAAAACAUUUAAUUUCCAACGAGCAGUCAUAUUAAGAUAACAAGUGCGUACCGUGGGAUUAAAAAGACGAGAGAAAGCAAUAUUUAUAACUAGCUGUAUUUAGUAAAGGGUUGCCAGGAAUACUGGCGGUGAAACAGGGAUUGUCAUCAUGUUCGCCGCGAGGGCGUUUGAACACUGUACAUGCACGAACGGCACGGUUGUUGCGUUAAAAUUCGUGUCGUGUUACAGGUUAAUGGAUCGCUUCGAUGUAUAUAUAGCAAUUAAAAACGGCAUUUUAUUCGUAAGCUGCGCCAUGUAAUGGCUAAAGACGAAUUAAAAGCAUAAUAAUUUUUUUUAAUAUAAAAUCUCAUUGUUUAUGUAUCGUCCCUUUCCCGCCCUCUGCAAUGCCGAGCCGAUUGGGCAUUUUCCCUUAUUUAGCAAAUGCCAUAUGUUUAGGCGUGAAACUUGAAAUGGCUGGGUUUUUUUCU